AUGGCGGUUUCGUCGAAGCUUUUCCCGGCCGCCGUCCUUCUCCUGCUUCUCCUCCUGGCCACAGAGAUGGGGCCUGUGCGGGAGGCGACGGCAUGCGAGCACGCUCCGUGCAAGAAGUGCACCGGAUCGUGCUUCGACCCGGAGGAGUGCGCCAUCACGUGCCGGAACGAGGGCUAUGACUCCGGCGACUGCACCGGCAGCGGAGCCUACCGCUGCACGUGCAGCAAGAAUUGCUAGCUAGCUAGUGCGUGAAGAACACACGAGUAGAAUAAAAAGGGAAUUACAGUUCUGUGCUACUCUAGUUUGUUCUUUUCUUUUUGACCUUGGAUUUUGUUGGAAGGUUCACACGAAUA